AUGGCACAAAGAUUUUACGAAAUGAAAAUAGAUUCACAAACAAGCCUCAUGGUUUGGGAUCCUAAAGGCAAGGCAGUCACCAUUAAGCUGGCACUGCAUCAUAAAAGUGAUCUCAACAGUCUUCAUUUAUUAUUUGAAUCAGUGCAUUUAAUCAAAGGAUGA